AUGUCUUCAAGUCUAUCAUGGGGAAAUGUCCCACCAGUUCAUAAUCAACAACGAGCAAAAAAUCAGAAUACUCGCCGUCAAUUAAUUGUUGGAACUAAACAAGAAACAACAAAUAUCAACAACAAUGACUUGUCACCUCUAUCAAAUCAAAAUCGUUCUAUGAACUCUUCUGAUUCUGUUGAUGAAUUUGUCGGUAGAGUUACAACACUUUCAAAACAAGUCGAACAAUACAAACAAUUAUCCAAUCAAAGAGCUCAACAAGUUGAAAUUCCAUCAAUUUCAAAUGUACAACAAUUAAAUAACGGAGGAGUUUUCAAUUCUGCAGCAAAUGACACUCAAAAGAAGAUUCGUUCAUUAAGACAAUGGUGUACAAGUGAAGCCAAUGAAUUGAAAAAGAUGUCCAACAGAAUUGGUUCUAAACUUGCUUCUGAAUCUAAAGUUUUGAUUGAAAUGACAGGAGGAAGUACCAGCGAACAACAAAAUGCAAGUGUUGGAGGAACUGCACAACAAGAAAAUGCCAUCAAGUACAAUCGUGUUAAGAAUGAUUUGACCAAGACGAUUUGUGUAUUGAAAGAUGUGAUUCGUCGUGAUAAGGAAUGGAUCACACAACAAACCAAACAAAAACAAGAACAAUAUGCAUUAAUUUCCAACAAUCAUCAUUCUCAUUUUGAUGAAGAGGAAGAAAUGGAUUAUGUUUCCAAUGCUGAAGAACAUCCACUCCUCAAUAGAAAUGGCAAACACUCACCUCAACAACAACAACAACAACCCCUUCAAGAGUUACAGCUCAAAGAAGAAGGAACUUUGGUGUCUUGGCAAGAGAGUACCUUGAAUGUUGAAAUGAAAAUUGCCAUGGAAGAGUAUGAAGAUUUGAAGCAGUAUCAAAGCGAGUAUUAUGAGUUGCAUCAUUUGGUUACAGAGUUUGCCUCUUUGGUGGAUGAACAGGAUCCAAUGCUUGAUACCAUUCAUUCUAAUGUGAUUACCUCAAAGGACAACGUGGAACGAGGUGUAGAGAGCCUUAAGGAAAGUAACAAGCUGAGAAAGACUCAAUCGAAAAUGAUGUGGAUUGUGAUGGGUCUCAUAUUAUUGACCAUUCUCGCAGUAGCAUUGAUUUUGAUCUUUGGAAAGGGAGUCAUUUAUUGA